AAUAUUUCAAAUCCCCAAUCUCUCCUUCUCCUUCUCCUUCUCUCUCUCUCUCUCAUAUUAUUUUGAAAAACUCCAAAAUUUCCUCUGUUUUUUCUUUGGUUUAUACCCUCAAAAUCUCUCUCACCAUUAUUCUCUUCAUCCAUCGUCUUCCUCUGCUCCAAUGGCUGCCACUCCCUUUUCUCUCCCUUUCUUUCUCCUCCCCCUCCUUCUUUCUCUCUCUUCUCUCUCCCUUCAAUUUCAGCCCGCCAUUGCCAUCGCCACCGCCGACCUCCAAGCUCUCAAGGCCAUUCGUAACAGCCUCACCGAUCUCCCAUUCCGCCGGAGCUCUUCCGGUACUCCUGGAUUCUUCUCCACCUGGGACUUCUCCUCCCCUGAUCCCUGCUCCUCCUUCUCCGGUCUCGUCUGCGAUCUGGGCCGUGUCACAAUUCUCUCCCUUGGUACUGGCCGCUCCGAUUCCCCUGGACUUGCUGGGUCUCUUCCCACUGCCAUUUCCGACCUCUCUGAACUCACCCAACUCAUCCUCUUCCCCGGCAUUGUCACCGGUCCGAUCCCACCGCAACUGGGCCGUCUUCGUAACCUCCGUGUUCUUUCCUUAACGAACAAUCGUCUCACUGGCGUAAUUCCGAACACCCUCUCUACUCUUCUCCAUCUCCACACUCUUGAUCUCAGCCACAACCAGCUCACCGGAAUCAUCCCACCGACACUCACUAAACUUCCCGAACUCAAAAUCUUAAUUCUGUCUUCGAAUCAAUUAUCCGGCGAAAUCCCAGCCGACAUGUCGUCCCCUCUCCUUCACCUUGACUUGAAAUCCAACAAAUUAAACGGUAGCCUUCCGGUGAUGCCGGUUUCUCUCCGGUACAUGUCGCUAUCGGAGAACUCGCUGUGGGGCCCUCUUCACAACGGACUUGAUUCUCUAUCGGAGUUAGUGUUUCUCGACUUGAGCGUGAACCGAUUCACUGGGCCCAUCCCAUUCUCUCUCUUCACACGCUCUUCUCUCUCCUCCCUUUUUCUCCAACGGAACUUUCUCUCCGGCGAGGUCCCACCACCCCCACCCGACCCCACAACCGCCGCGGUGUACGGCGCAGGAUCCGUCAUCGAUUUGAGCCACAACAAUCUCACCGGAGAGAUGUCCGCAAUUUUCGCCGGCGUCGAGACACUGUUCUUAAACAACAACCGGUUCACCGGCCCCGUACCGGCCGAGUAUGUGAAGAGCGUCAGCAGCGGCAGCACCACUACUCUGUACCUACAGCACAAUUUCAUAUCGGAGUUCCCGUUGGAACCCGGCACGGUUUUGCCAGACACAACGGCGCUUUGUUUGUCUUAUAAUUGUAUGGAUCCACCGGUGGAGGUUCAGUCUUGCCCUGCCAGCGCCGGUGCGCCGCUGUCUCGGCCGCCGUGGCAGUGCCCUUUGCUAAAAAGUCCAUGAAUUAAUGUAGCUAUAAAGAAUAAUUAAUAGAUUAUAGAAUACAAAAUUUAAAUUUGGGUUUUCUGUUUUUAUAUUUUGAAAAUGGGAUUCUUAUAUAUCUUUAUGUAAUUUGUUUUGAUAUAUUUUGAUGAAAUGAAGAUGAAACAGUUUAGUUUGUUGGUUCAUAUCA